AUGACGACUUCUCCUGACAACUGCAUAUAUUUCUUUGACCCCCAACUUCUGAAAUUCUGGGUAGAUAUUUCGUAUGCAGCAGCGGCCGCUCAGACAUUCGCCACUGCAAUCGAUGGCAUAGUAGCAAAUAAACUGGCGCGAUUUAAGAUAAGCGGUGAUUCAUCUAUAACAUCUGCCUUUUUAAUAUGGAUAUCUGUACCCACAGAAUGGACAGUGGAGAAUUCAGAGAUUGAAAUUUUUUGGAAUAUGGAAAUUCUACAGGUGUUUAGUGUGGUUCUGCUUGGCAUAGCCUUGGUGUACUCCACUGAGAUAUGUCAGGAGUCAGACUAUACCAUUAUCAAGUGUGGAGCUCCAGGAAGAGAUGGUGUACCAGGCAAAGAUGGGAAAAAUGGGUUAAAUGGAGAAAAGGGAGAACCAGGCCCAAGAGGACCACCUGGACUUCCUGGUGCUGAUGGACGUCCAGGGGCAAAUGGUGAAAAGGGACCAAUAGGCGAGAAAGGGGAAAAAGGAGACAGUGGAGCCUCUGUGCUUGAACCUCUUAAAUUUCAAUUAAGCAUUUUGGAUAGAAGAUUACUGAAAGUGGAGUCAAACGUGCAAACGCUUAGAAACGCUUUAACAUUUUCUAAGAGUGCAGCAGCAGCUGGAAACAAGAUCUAUAUUUCACAAGGUGUAACGGCGAAUUACAAUGAUGCUAAGGCAGCUUGUACCAGUGUAGGAGGUCAAUUGCCUAUACCACUGAAUGAAGAUGAGAACAACGCUGUAAAGAAAAUAGCGCUUCAAUACAAUCUCUCUGCAUAUCUGGUUAUAAAUGACUUUCUGGAUGAAGGAACAUUCAGAUAUCUAAAUGGUGAAAAGAUUAAAUACUCAAACUGGUAUGAUAAUCAACCAGAUAAUUAUAAACUAAACGAAGAUUGUGUGGAAAUGUAUGGGGAUGGGAAAUGGAAUGAUCAGAAUUGUGAUGAAAAACGUCUGAUCAUCUGUGAAUUCAUUUUGUAAGUUUGAAAUAUUAAUAGAAAGUGUCCUCUAAAGGCAUUAAAAAUUAUUCCUAAAUGGAAUGGGAAUGAGAAAUCAUGAAUUUUUUUUUUAUCCUGCUAUUCAUUUCUGUAUUGUAUCCCUUUAUGUUAGAAUUUAUUGAGGAGAUUAUCAAAGGAUUUAACACCUUUAUUUGAGUGUAUUUUGUGUCAAAUGUCGUC